AUAAACAUUCACUUCCCUCUCUUAGAAAAAUGUACUAGCUUCGAAUUGCAUCACCAUUACAUAAUAUAACUUCUGCCCUCAGUUUCCCUUUCAUCACCAUUGUUGGGAGAUGGGGAAACCUCCUUGCUGUGAUAAGUCCAAUGUUAAACGGGGACUUUGGACUGCAGAAGAAGAUGCCAAAAUCCUUGCUUAUGUUUCCAACCAUGGAGUUGGCAAUUGGACUCUGGUUCCCAAGAAAGCAGGUUUGAAUAGAUGUGGGAAGAGUUGUAGACUAAGAUGGACUAAUUACCUUAGGCCUGAUCUCAGGCAUGACAGCUUCACUCCUCAAGAAGAAGACCUCAUUAUUAAACUCCAUCAAGCCAUUGGAAGCAGGUGGUCUGUAAUAGCAAAGCAACUUCCAGGAAGAACAGACAAUGAUGUGAAGAAUUAUUGGAACACAAAGCUGAGAAAAAAGCUUUUAAAAAUGGGAAUUGAUCCAAUAACUCACAAACCUUUUUCUCAGAUCCUCUUUGACUAUGGAUCUAUAAGCAGCCUCCGAACCACACCAAAACCUCUGAUGGGUCCCUUCAACAAAACCUUAACUCCAACAACAACAAUGGCGAAAACCCAGCAGCCAUUUUCUUCAGGAACCAAUUUGGGACAGCAAUUCCAGUUUCAGACACCAAAAAAACCAUACAUUUUGAAGGAACAACCGACAAGUUCGUCUUGUUCGUCUUCUUCCAUCAAUGGUGGUGAAACAGUGUUCCAUUUUGCUGGUUCUUCGGAGCAGAGCAAUGGGAUUGAGCCAAUUUUGCAGCGAUGUGAAGGGUCUUCUUCUGACUCGUCUUUCGAUUCGUUUGUGGAUGCUUUGUUGGAGCAGGAUUUUGAGAUUAAGGGCUCCUUUCCGGAGAUCUUGGAUGAGUGUUUUGAUUAUUGAGAAAUUUGGGGUUUUAGUGUUUUUAUUUUGUAAUGCCUUUUUAAACAUUUCUGUUUUCUUUUUCCAAAAAGAAAAAAUAAUUUAAUAAAUGUCUUCUUUGAAGGGAUCAAUUUCAAU